AUGGUGGCUGAGAGCAAAGGGGUGUUCGCGCUCGCGCCUCGCGUCGGUGGCGUCAAUGGACUUCACUGUGACUUCCCUGCUCUCGUCGCAAGUAGACUCGCUCUCGCUUUCUCGCCUCUGACACACUACUUGCGGGAUGAUCAUCUGCUGUCGAGCCCAUUGACGUCCUACUCGCGAUUGCAGGAGGGCAUCUACCUCUUCAAACAUGGAAUCGAUCCGUACUCUGGAAGCACUUUCCGCCAUUCCCCGUUGCUGCUGUCCCUGUUUACCACCGUAAUACCACUCAGCGAGGUCACAGCACCACUCCUGUGGACCACCAGUGAUGCGGUAGCCGCAUGGUCCUUGGUACACAUAUGGAGGGCACGACAAAACGUGUCAACCACCUCGAGAGAUAGCCUCAUAGCUGCGCUAUAUCUCCUUAACCCGUAUACUUUCCUGCCGUCUCUGGGGUUGUCGACGUCCAGCUUUGAGAACUCGCUAUGUUUGCUAUCUAUAAUGUUUGCAUGUCGCAAACAGGCGUCAGCGUCCCUACUGACCCUCGCAUUCCUGGUUCAGCUGUCUCUCCCAUCGAUCCUCCUCCUCGUCCCGCUCCUGUUGCUGAUUUCCUCCAGCCCGACUUCACAUCUGGCAUCACCCCAUUUCAUAAAGACUAGCGUCCGGCGAAUAGCACCGCUUGCAGGCCAGUUCGCGGUCUACACCGUACUCCUCUCUGGCGCUGCGACGCUCGUCUGCGGGAAUCUCACCUGGCUAGAAAAAACGUGGGGCGCGUCGCUGACGCUGCCCGAUCUAACACCUAACCCUGGGCUUUGGUGGUACUUCUUCACCGAGAUGUUCGACCACUUCAGGCCAUUCUUCCUUAUGGUCUUCUCGGUGCAUCUCCUGAUAUAUGUACUGCCGCUCUGCAUCAAGUUCCAGCAUGACAUCCUCUACGCAUGCUUCCUCAUCUUGGGCAUCCUGAGUAUUUUCAAGGCGUACCCAACGUUGUCAGACCCAGGUCUCUUCCUCAGCAUGCUGUCCCUCUUCCCCGAGACCUUCCCAUACCUCAAUCACCCUAUCGUCACAGCCCUGCUGCAUCUGCACGCCGCGCUGCUCCUCCCGCUCUUCCACUACCUCUGGCUUACCCAGGGGACAGGGAACGCGAACUUCUUCUAUGCCUCGACCCUCGUGUUCGGGAUGGCGAACGGCUCUGCGUUGCUCGACUCGAUAUGGGCGGGUUUGAGGAUCGCCAUUGGCGAGCUGAAGGACGACUUCGAGGUCGUACAGGAGUGAUUGGUGCCUUGCGUUCAGCAUUUCGGACGGUAUGUUUGCGGUAUGUACAUAUGUUUGAGAGUUGGGAUUGUAUGAGUCUGCACCAUGUCAUGGCGUGUUUUGUUGACGAAGAGCGAAUAUUGCAAGAACAAUACGCAGAAAGCACCAUGGCAGAAUUAAUUUGAGUUAGAGUAAGCUUCGUCAGAGAUAGCGUCGACAGCAAGACGAAAAACAUGCAGGCCGCAGCAAGGCAUCAGUCAACGAUGGCCAGAAGACUCAGUAGCAGGACGGAAGACAAGGACAGGAAAUACUGCGAUGCAUGCUCAGAAUGUAUCCGUAACCUCCGAGUAGAGGACCAGCUUCUCACCACUGAUCUCGAAGUGGUUGUUCCGCACCGA